CUUUGUCUCAUACUUACCUAUUAAACUCUUUGUAUCUCUCGACGGCCUUAUUACGGCCUUAGAAUAAUAUACAUUACAUAAAUACCUAUGAAUACUAAAAAAAUAAAAAGACAUUGUAUUGUGUUUGUGAAUUAAUUAUUGCACCGUGUUGAUUAGUGAAUGACUAUUUUUUUAUAAGUUUAUAUAUUUGAAUACAAUAGACUUAGAUCUGUUACUGGUAUGAUUUGUUUCAUUUUAUCUUAAAAAUUAUAUACAGUUUAAACUAAAAUGAAGACUAUUCAACGGUUAAUAAUUGCCCUCACAAUUUUUGGUCUAUGUGCUACACAAGAUCCUGCCGUUAGAUACCAACCAGAACAAGUCCAUUUAUCCUUGGGUGGUAAGUUAUAGCAUUAAACUAUUAUUAUACUACAAUAAUAUUAUUAAAUUACUUUGGAUAACUGUAAAUGUAUUAAAAUUAAAUAAAAUUUAACUGAUAUUCAAAUCUAUAGUUUGAUAAUGAAAUAAGUAAUUAAAAUAAAAAUAUAUUUUCAAUAUAAUGUUAUAAUGUUAAUGGUGAUGUUGUAAUUAUAGUCUUCUAUACUGUUUAAACAAAGUUAUAUAAUAAUUUGCACUCCAUACUCGAUUAUUUAAAAUACAUCUUUUUAGUUGUUAAUUUCUGUAAUUCAAAGUUUUUUUUUAUACAAUUUCUAUUAAAAUAAAAUGUUAAUAGAAUUUAAGAAUUAGGUACUUGAUGAAUAUUAUUGAUGCUAUUAAUUAUUGGUUGUGUUUAUUGUUCAAUAGAAUCUAAUAGUGAAAUAGUAAUUACAUGGACAACCUGGAAUGAUACAGAUGAAUCGGCCGUUAAAUAUGGAAUUAAUGGACCAAUACUUAAAGCUUUUGGCACUUCUACACUGUUUGUAGAUGGUGGUGAACAAAAACGCACAGAGUAUAUACACCGAGUUAGACUUACGGGAUUACAACCAUCCAGCAAAUAUAGUGAUUAUACAUAAAACAUAAUGGUUUAUUUUUAGAAAUGUUUAACAUAAUUUGAUGUUAAUUUAGUUUAUUACUGUGGAAGUGAUCAAGGCUGGUCUACCCAGUUUUGGUUUAAAACCAUUCCAACCUAUACAAAUUGGUCACCUUCUUUUGCCUUUUUCGGCGACUUGGGUAAUGAAAAUGCUCAAUCUCUUCCUAGGCUACAGGAAGAAACUCAACGUGGACUUUAUGAUAUGAUAUUGCAUAUUGGUGAUUUUGCUUACGAUAUGGAUAGUGUAAGUAUAAGUACCUACAAUAAAUCAGUUAGCUGUACCUGUAUAUAAUUUAAUAAAAAACCCUUUAAACAAUAACUAGCUUUUGAUUUCUCAUAUUAUCAUUUGUAGUUUAUUGUUUUUUGUUAAUUUAACUAAAAUUUACUUAGUAAUAGUAAAGGCAAUUAAUAACAAUUUAUAUUGUAUAGUAAUUACUGGUUUAAUUUAAUUUUAAUUUGAAAUUUAUAAAAUGGAAACAAAUUCACCUAAUCAGAUGGUAUUGUAUUUUAUAUUAAUCUAAUUAAGUUGGUAACUUUAACAAUGUCUAUUAAUAACUAUCCUACUUCACAAUGUAAGUAAAGCAAAGAUUUACUAGGCAACACAGUGUAUUUAAUAGUUUAGUAAUAUUAAUGUGACGUAAUUCGAUUCAUCAUUAAAAUUACCCUAUUACUUUUGUUUACCUUAGUAAAUAUUUGUAUUGGUAAUUUCAUCAUUUUCAUGAUUUUCUGUCCGUUGACCGGACUACUUUUUCAACAUUUUUAAUAUAAAUAUAUUUGCUGUAUUACUCGCAUAUUUGUCCACAAAUUUAUUCGUGUGCAGUUUACAUGUCCAUACAAUUUCAUAUGUGUAAUACCCCCUAUUUUUGUCUGAAUUAAUACCUUCCGAUAACCUAUCAUCCCAAAGCUUUUUGACCUUCCCGAGAACCAACUGAGUUCAAUUAAUGGGUGCUUGGGAUUAUCCUAUUUUGAAACUCAAAUUACAUUCUUUAUCUUUCUUGACUCCAUCAAAGUAUCAUUAAUAUUUUUGUCCAAAAUUAUCUAUUAUUGACUUAUGUAACUUUUAAUUCAUUAUAAUUAGAUAGAAUUUAACUUGACACCCUUUUUAACAUUGAUAUCUGUUUUCAAUAUUCAAGGGGUGUUACACAAUUUUAUAAAUUAUUAUGAAGUAGGUUUUAUCAAUUCCUACAUUUUACGCAUAUUCAUCUAAUAGAACUGUUUUAAUUUUAGUUUUAGGUUUUAAUUUUUAGUAACAAUUUUCAGUCAAUGGCGAUUUAGGUGGUUGAAUCAGGAUAGAGAUUGGUAGUCUUUAUUGAGCUCUAUCUAAUGAUGUAAAAUUCGUAGAAAUUAUACAUUUUUAAAAUAUUAGGAAUAACUUUUCAACCCCCCUGUUUCACCUGUUUGGAAGUGAAAUUUUCAAAACUUUUAAUUGUUGUGUUUCUUAAUGUCUAACCAAAAAGGCAAAUACUAAUUUUUAAUGAAUUUUACUUAAAAACACAAUAGAGGAUUUUCAUAAAAAAAAAUCACAUCCCUAUUUUACCCCUUUAGAUAUAGAAUUUUCAAAAGUGGAUGCAUAUGGUAUAAAAAAUACCUAUUAUUUCUAGUUUUAACUUAAAGUUUUUGCAUAUUUUAUUUUUGGUUCUAUAUUAAUUUUCUAUCAGUCAGUCAGAACAAAACCGCUUUUACAUUUUUAAGGUUAAAAUAUGUUGUUUAUUUAACUAGACUAGAAUUAUUAUUAUUUAUUGAAUUUAUACAUUCAUUAUUAUUUUAUAAUUUUCUAUUAAACAUAUUUAAUUUUUAAUUAAUUAUGAUGUUUUUCUUGUGGUUUAUAAAAUUUGUAUUUUAAUUGAAAAUUAAUUUAUGGGAACAUAAUUUUUUUUUUUAAUCAAUUUGAAAUUUGUAUUAUAUUUUCAUAUAUCAUUGCUUUAUAUUUUUUUAAAUGGAUUUAUUUAUUGGUCUACCUGUAUGGGAUUAAAUUACUCAAUUUUAUAAUUUUUCUUGAACAUUAUUCUUUUUAAUUAUGUAUAAUAAUUACAAAUAGUUAACAUUUUACAGUGGAAUUUUGAUAUGUCGAAAACCUUGAUAAGUCAAAAUAAGUGCCGUUCUCGCAAAAAUUUCAAUUACUCGAAAGAAUAACUAAAUAUACCUCGAACAUGUUGUGUUCCGAAUAUAGACAGAUAAUUUUUAUAAUCAUUUGUCUAAUUGGGGUGUGCACAUUCUGUAAUUUAAUCUAAUCGCGUUUAUUGUGUUUAUUAUCAUAUUUUUCUAUACUAUUAAUAACAAUAUACACUGUUAUUAUAUAUACAUGUAUACUAAAUAAUAAUUAAAAACUAUAAUAUGUACAUGGUACAUUUUAAAAACUCUUUAGUCAAUUGUUUGUACUUAAACCUUGAUAACUCAAAAACCUUAGUAAGUCGAAAAAAAUUUAAUUUCCUUUGAAUUUUCGAUUUAUUGAUAUUCCACUGUAUUUUUGCAUCAACAUUAUAUAUUUGUUUUUCAAAUGUUUGAAAAACGUGUAAGUUUAAUUUUAAUAAUUAUAUUAAUUGUUCUCAGGAUAAUGCUAAAGUUGGAGAUGAAUUCAUGCGUCAAUUGGAACCUAUUGCUUCAUAUGUACCAUAUAUGACUUGCCCUGGCAAUCACGAACAAAAAUAGUUAAUGUUAAAACAAAAUAAUAUGUCUAAAAAUAUACUAAAGAAAUAUUUUAUUAUUUUGUAGCAAUUUUAGCAAUUACAAGGCCCGUUUUAGUAUGCCUGGUGGUCAUGAGAAUAUGAUGUAUAGUUUUAAUUUUGGACCAGCUCAUUUCAUUAGUAUCUCCACAGAGUUUUAUUAUUUCCUUUAUUAUGGAAUCAAACCAGUUGUACUCCAGUAUGAAUGGCUUGUCAAUGACCUAAAAGUAAGUUAUCUACAUAUUAUUUUAUUAUUAACAUUAUUUUACAACUAUCUUUAUGAUGUACACAUUUUUAUUUUCAGAAAGCGAAUAAACCAGAAAAUCGCGAACAAAGACCUUGGAUAAUUGUCUAUGGUCAUAGACCAAUGUAUUGUUCAGAUAAUGAUAAAGAUGAUUGUACAUUUCAUGAAACAAUCACUAGAGUUGGGCUCCCUUUACUUCAUUGGUAAUUUAAAAACCAAAUUACUAGGAUUGAGAGUAAAAAAAAUAUAUGUGUGUUGAAUAUACUGUAUUCAAUAAUUUGAUUAUAGCAAUAUAUAAACAGGUACUGACAUUUAUUUAGUUAUACAAUUGGGAUUUGUCCAUUUUGAAUAUAUUAUUAUACUAAUUUGAACAUUCUAUACUUGCUAGGUGUUUUCGGAUCAUGAACUAUUUGAGUAAUAAUAAUUCUGAUAGCAUUAAACAAUUUAGUUAAAUUUGUCCCAAGCAUACAGUUCUCUGGUUAAUUAAAACCUGGAUAUUAUCCAAUAGCAUUAUUUUCAAAAAAAAAAAACAAAAAUGCAUGGACAAAAACAUUAAUAAAAUUUCCCCUGAUCAAAAAUAUGUGAUACAAAAUAUGUAAAAGUUAAUAUUAUUUUCAGAACAUUUUUCUUAAACAUGGUAGAUAUUCUAUUGAUGUUACAAAGAAAUAAUUACAUAUAAAAAGCUUGAAACCAAUAUAGAUUAGUAUAAUUAUCUCAUCAUAUUAAUUAUGUCUAACUUGUUUUUUACCUAGGUUUGGAUUAGAAGAUUUAUUUUACAAAAAUGGAGUUGAUUUAUGUCUAUGGGGACAUGAGCAUACUUAUGAAAGAAUGUGGCCAGUGUAUGACCGUGUUGUGUAUAAUGGAUCCUACUUAGAACCAUACACAAAUCCUGGAGCACCAGUUCACAUUACAUCUGGUUCUGCUGUCAGUAGUCAAAAUUGAAUCACUGUGUUAUAAAAGUAUUUGAUAUCUAAUACUUGUGUUGUUUUAGGGUUGCAAAGAAAAAACUGAUGAUUUUAUUCCAAAUCCACCAAACUGGUCGGCAAUUAGAAGUAGUGAUUAUGGUUAUGGUCGUAUGAAGAUUUAUAAUAAUUCUCAUUUGUAUAUAGAACAAGUGUCUGACGAUAAGGUAUAAUUUAUCAUUUAUGAUUUUUUUUAAAUUUUACCUUCAGAAAUAUUCUCAUACAAAUUAAAUAUGUGUGUUUUACUAAACUUAUUUGUAUUUAGGAAGGCGAGGUCAUAGAUCAUAUAUGGCUCAUCAAGGAUCAUCAUAAACCUUAUGGUAAAUCAACUUAAAAUAAUAAUCAAAUAAAAUUAUUUGGAUUAUCCUGACUUAUUUGAAAUUAUUCCUUAGUUAUUAUAUUACAACAUAGAUUUGAAAAUGUAUUUAUGUAUUGCAUAUAAAUUGCAAUAUAAAUAUUAUUCAUUAUUUUAUCAAAUUUAGACAAACAAAUAAAGAAUGAUAAUUAUUAUUAAAUAAUUUUUUUUUAUAAUCAUUCAGUAGUCGGAAUACUUUAAAUUAUAUUUUAAACUAAUAGCAUUAAAUAUUAAACACUAUAUAAUAUAAUAUCUACUAUAAUAUAUCUAGUCUUUAAUUUAAAUAUUGGUUUUAUUUUUAAUUAUUAUACAUUAGUUACGCAUAGAUUGAACAUUAUAUUAUGCUAUUAACUAUUAUACUAUUAGACUAAUAUAAAUAGAAUAAAAUAUUCUUUAUUUUGUCUUGUGAAGUGAGAUUUAUUAGGUAAUUAUUUGUAACUGAAAUAAAUGUAUUAUUUAGUAAAAUUCCAC